AAAAUUUCUUGUAUUUUUCACGUAGCAACUAAGAAAGGAACAGUGUAAAAACUUGCAAAAUUUCUCUCAAUGUGUAUAAUGUGCAUAAAGUAUAAGUGAAAUUUGAUUGUCUCAUUCAUCUCCACUAGUGGAUCAUCAUUACCUGUUAAAAAAGUAAACUCAUCUUAGAUAAGAGAUAUUUGCAGAUAACGGAUGAUUACGCGAUCCCUACUUCCUCUCUAUAAUCGAUGAUUGGAGGGGUUGAUGGUUCGCAUAAAAUCCCGCCUGCCGCCUGAUCCCCAUCAGAUUAAGCUCCAUAUCAAUCCGAAAUGCCCAAAUUCCUGAUAAUUCUCUCAGUUCUCCUCACCCUAUCGGUGAUAGCAGAGUGCAGGAUCGUCAAAGAUGACGAAGAUCUUCUGCAAGACAUUCAGUCCCUUUCGGAGGACUCGACCAAGGGAAAGGAGGACGAUGUGAAGUGUUUUGGCAUCGGCAGUCUUGUCGCUAAAAUCUUGUAUUGGCUCUUCAACAACAAACCUGCACCUGCGGUGGACGAACGGGUGAAGUUCCUGGUGCACACCCGAAAUUCAAAGGUACCUUAUCGAUUGUACGCUGAGGACGAUCAGUUCGAAAUCGCUCUCUCGAGUUUCAAGCCGGAGAUGAAAACUGUCUUCAUUGUUCAUGGAUUUCUGGCAGACGGGGCGGAGAGCUGGAUACAGGAGAUGGCCGAGGCAUAUCUUGCGUUUGAAGAUGUAAACGUCAUUGCUGUCGAUUGGAGUCAAUACUCAAAUAUUCUGAAUUACUACAAAGCUGUUGUUAACGCUAAGAACGCUGCCCGCGCAAUUGUAAAAUUUCUGCAGCUAGCUGUCGCUUCCUACCCCGAAACCAAAAAUUGGGGGGAAAUUCACUUGAUAGGGCACAGUUUAGGGGCCCAUGUGAGUGGAAUGGCAGCUGAGGCCUUCAAAGAAAUCGUCAGCAGGUGGAAAAUCGUAAGGAUAACAGGAUUGGACCCAGCGCAACCUUGCUUCGCUGCCAGUGGCUUAUCGUUGAGGAAGACAGAUGCACCGUUCGUUGAUAUCAUCCACACGAAUGGGAAAUUACUAGCAGGCAUGGGACUUGGGCUCAGGGAUCCAAUAGGUCAUGUGGAUUUCUACGCAAACGGUGGACAGCGACAGCCGGGCUGUUGGAGGGAAGGAUCGAAGUGGGAUAGACCCCGUGCAGAAAUCAUGGAAGCAGUCUGCAGUCACCAGCGCUCUUACGAUUACUUCACAGAGUCUCUGCGUCUCGCAGCUGAAAAAAUGAAUAAUAAAUUCUGGGGCCACGAGUGGGAUCAAUCACCGCUGAAUGCAUCAAAACUUGUUGGAAAGGACUGCAGCAGUGAUGACUGCGUAGAAAUGGGAAUCAAUGCUGACAAAUAUGAACGAAGGGGUACAUUCUUCGUCUCUACUGGGAAUAAUAACCCCUACUGUGUUGUCACUGAAUCGGAUCGACUCGACAUUCUGGAUCAAUUGAGCAUCGAUGGAAAAGAAACACUCGAAACAUCGUGAAAAUAAUCUCACACUGUCAUGGAUAUAAUGUACAUUGUAUUUUAUUUUUACGUUACGAAAUAUAAAAAGUAUAGUUUA